AUGAUCGACUUUAAGCAACAACUCGCAGGGAAGCUGGUAAAUACCAAGGUGAUUAACACUCUGGAGCAUAAGACCUCCAUGACUUUGCAGCAUCUGGCGUUAAUUAAUACAAUGCUCAUAAUACUGGGCGCCACUCUCGAAGAAGAGUACCAGCUGACGACAACAGUUCCGAUGCCCCGAUCAAACGAUAACAGCGCGUUUUGGAAGAUAUCACUAAGAUCACCUUACGCCAAGCAAUGGAAUCAGUACAAAUCAAGGAUCUCAAAGAGCGGCCCACAAUCUGCUUUCUUUACUUGGGGAAUCCAAAUCUUCCCCUUAUGGAACAAAUUCCGAAGCAUACAACGCCCGGUUCUCUUACUAGAUAUUUUUUACGAAAGCAUAUCAAUCCUCUUUGGCUGGCUAAAGGCUUAG